AUGCUUUUGGGUCUACGCCUCAAUGGUAGAGCCGUCAUAGGAACAUCCGAGAUUAGUGCAAGUGCUUGGACCACGUUUUUGGGCCGUCAACCACCAAAAAAUCACAUUAAAGGUAGAUGUGUCAGUAUCUCUUGGUUAAAACAACUACUAGAAGAAACUGAAAUAUCUAAAAAUUCCUCCCAUGACGAACUCAUUAUAUAUACAAGAAUUUAUAAUAUAUUGUGCAUCUCCCUAACCUUAUUCCCUGAUAAAUCAGAAAAAGAUGUAGAUAGUAUGUGGAUACCAUUUGUUCAGGAUUUGCGUCAGUGUGGUGAAUGUAGUUGGGGAAUAGUUGCGUUAGCAUUUCUAUAUAGGGAAAUAUGUAAAGUAGUUAACAUUGAUGUUGAUGGUAUGGGGGGUGUUAUUCUGCUACAAACAUGGGGAUUUACAUGA